CGCCCACGUCGACAACAACCAUGGCAGUAGAAACGCAAACAAUGCCUGUCAUGAACGGACACGCCUUUACUGGCGAUGUCGAAAUGACAAAUGGCACCCGGGAUCCUUCAUUCAGGUUUACCAGUGGACUCAUCUUGCCACCCCCAGAAAUCAAAUCUGUUAUCGACAGAACAGCAUUAUUCGUCGCUCGCUCUGCGAACCCACCUCAGUUUGAGGAUAAAAUUCGCGAAAACCAGCGUCAGGAUCCAAAGUUCUCGUUCCUCAACCCCGCGGAUCCUUAUCAUGCUUACUAUAGGCAUCGCAUGGAGAAGAUUGAUGCGGGAGAGGAGCUGGAGGAUACUUCACAAGAAAAGGAAAAGACGGACGGGGUAGAAGAAAUGCCAGUAGUUCCAGAAGAUCUCGGCGUUGAACCACCUCAGUCGCAGUUUGCUAUGGAUAUGCCCAAUGUUAGCCAUAUUGACUUAGAUAUCAUGAAGCUGACUGCCCUUUUCACCGCCCGUCGCGGUCGGACGUUCUUGGCGACACUUUCGCAGAACGAGGGACGGAACUAUCAGUUCGACUUUCUGCGACCCACGCAUUCUCUCUUUGGUUGCUUCAACCGCCUCGUCGAGCAAUACCUCAAAAUUUUGUAUCCAGGUAAGGAGAUGUUAGUGGAGUUGAGUAACCGGGCGCAGGAGGGCGCGAAGGGGACAACCUUGGAGCAGUCAAGAAAAUACGCCCGUUGGGAACGCUUGAAGAGGGAGAAGGAUAAGAAGAGACAGGAUGACCAGGAAGCAGAGAAACGCGCAUUUGCUGAGAUUGACUGGCAUGAUUAUGCAAUCGUUCAGACGAUCGAUUUCACGGUUGCUGAUGCAAAUUCAGAGCUACCUCCGCCAAUGAGCGUGCAAGAAGUGGAGAGCAUGACGCUUGCUCAAAAGAGAAUGGCCGCUAUGAUCAUGGAAAAUACUGCGGAUGAGAUAGAAGCUCACAAGGCUAGAAUGGCCGCAGCAGAGGCCGAAGCAGCUGCAGCUGUCAGCGGCGCUGGGAUUGGGGCUGUUGAAGAUGAGGAUGCCGCAAUGGAGCAGAGUGAUGACGAGGACGAUGAAGCGCAACAGAGGAAGAAGAGUGAAGACGAGGAGAGACUGAGGGAACUUGAGCGCGCCCGCGCGAUGCAAGCAAGUGCCAGUAUCUCAGGACCCAUGAAGAUCAGGACAGAUUAUGUUCCAAAACUUGGUGCCAAGAAGGGAGCUACUCUCACGACGUGCACAAUUUGUGGACAGCAGAUUCCUGUCGACGAACUUGAUGAGCACAUGCGUAUUGAGCUGCUAGAUCCCAAGUGGAAGUCUCACCGUGAUAAUCUCGAAGCUCGAAAAGCCCAAGCAUCCGAACUUCUGCGUGGUGCGAACGUAGUUUCAUCACUCAAGAACUUGGCCCGUACACGUGUAGAUAUUUUCGGUGCUGAGGCUGAUGAGGAGAGGCGUAAGAAAGAGGAAGAGGAAGAGAGGGAACGCCGAAAAGAGAGGGAGAAGGUUGUUUGGGAUGGUCACACUGCGACGAAGGUUUCCACGAUGGACAAGUAUUCGACCAACGUCAACUUCGACGAACAAAUUGCUGCCAUCCAUCGUGCAAAGGGUCUUGGACCCCAGGACGCCAAUGCAAUUGGCCCUGGAAUUGGCCCUGUGUCGGCACCUCCACCCGCAAUGACGGGUCUUCCUCCUCCUCAUGCUUCAUUACCUGCCCCUCCUGUGCAAUCAUCAGGGUCUGCUUCCUACUCUUCCGCUACUGUGUCAUCUGGCCCACAACCAGCAUCCGCAUAUCCCCCUCAGGCUCCACCAGUUAUGCUCCCACCCCUUCACUAUCAAGGCCUCGACUCUGCGCAACCGUUCGGUUACCAGCCCCCUGCUGCUGGCAUGCAUCCUUCUCGCAUGGCUGGUAUGAUGGCUGGUGGUACGGGAACACCGCCACACGCGGGUAUGGUGCGCAGCGCAGAUGAAAUGGAAGGAUUAGAAGAGCAGCCUGCUAUCAAGCGACAAAAAAUCGCGAAACUUCCUGGUGGAGCCCUGUAUCCCGAGGCAGACUGGAUUGGAAUGCAUCCAUACACUAUAUCUCUCUCUGUGCAACUUCCCAACGAUCCGUCCAAGCCCGAGUGGAAGCUUGAUGGACAGACAGUCACGGUGUCAGAUCUUCCUCUCACUCUGUUGGUUUCGACGCUCCGUGAUCGUAUAAAUCAAGUCCUGGGCAGCAAUCUUCCUCUUUCGAAAGUUCGAAUAUCGUAUGCGGGUAAGAUGCUGACGAAUACGAGUACUAUCGCGAGCCAUAACUUGGAGGAUGACGAUCUUGUCGUGCUUAGUAUCACUGCUGCUAAAAAGAAGUGAUCCCUUGCCAAUCCUUGUACAUUUAUUUUGGUAACAUAGCAUGAAUAAUUCUAUGA